ACUCAUAAAACGGAUAAGUCAUUAUCGUUAGUUUUUUUUUUCAAUCGGCCACACAUGAUAAAUAAUAUUAAAAAAAUGUGUGCGGUUACAGCACAGAGGAGAUUUUGGAAACGAAUUGCCAUUGAUUAAUGCUCGCUGACGUGGAAGCGCAGAUGAACGGGAAAUUUGAAUCCCUGAACGUCAUUUUGGGAAAACGCUUAUAUGUUUUUUUAGAUAAUAUGUUAUACAAAAGCGCUUUUUGGCUUUUCAAAAGCCGAGCUUUUACAGGUGUUUGGCUCUGCUUCAGUUUUUAAACCCGAAAAACACUUCUAAAAGUCGGGCCAAACAUAUAGACCAUUUAGCUUUUGGACAAAUAAUUUUCUUUGCUAACGUAAAAUAUUUAUGGCACUAGCAAACACAAAUGUCAAAUAAAAUUAAGACAGUGAGAGAGAUUUCAACUUCCCACAAUCCCAUUAAUGACACUCCCAAGUAAAGCCCAAUAAACAGGCCUUGGGCGAGUCUCAACCCUCGGCCCAAAGUUGAGCCUACUGUACUAUGCUAGCCCUUGGGCCUCACCACGCCGGCGCUUUGAGCUUGAGGAGAGCCAGGUAAGGUUAUACCUCCAAAGUUUUCUCAAAACGGGAAGAGCGUGGUCGUCCUGCUGCUAACGCCUGCCAGUGCCAGACAAUAAUAAUAUAAUAUUUUGUUUCUAUAAAAUAAAAUAAAGGCAAAGAAGAGGAAUAUUCAGAUCCUUUACGUGCUGACCUGGCAACUGCCACCGGCUGCCAUCCUCACUGGUCUCCUUCCGAUCCCAAUAAUCUCAACAACGCCUUCCCUCUCCUUCCCUCCCUCCCGCGGCUGCUCUUCCGCCGUUACCAUCGCCCCAACACCACCGCCGCCCUUCUAAUUGUAGCCGUCAAACUCCGCUCCGCAGUCGCCCGCGCCACUGUCAUUUUGUUUCCCGCUAACUAUCCCCGCCUUCCGCUACUUUCCCUCCCUCUCAGAUCCCGAUUCCCCUCUACCCCGGCUCCGAUUCAGGUACAUUCAUUCCCUGCCGCCAAUUUGCAGUGUAUUGGGAAUUGGUUUAGAAUUUUGCGGUUAUGUUCUGAUCAGCGGGAGUUGUUCGAAUGAAAAGGACGGUGGAUUUGGGGAAUUUUGGUGGAUCUGCUUACGAAUUGUCUGCCUAGCAAGGAUUUUUUCUGUCCGAAAUGGCUCAUCCAAGUCCCUGAGCUGUGUUUUGCAUUGUUCAAUAGUCUCCAAUUUGGUCUUGAUGGUUACUGGCCCUAGUGUUCCAAAUUGAUUCUGUUGUCUCAUAUAUGGUUUCCAAGCAUCGGUUUGGAUACCGUUGCUUGAUAGUUGAAUGAAUUUCUUGAUCCUGGUGGUUUACUAAUCUGAAUUAACUUUUGCUUCCUCAAGGUUUUGGUUUGUAGGGUCAUAAAUCAUGAUGAUUUUUCACUUGGGUCUUCUUGGGUUGUGAUUGCAUUUGUAUCUUGAGAAACAAUAGCAGCAAAAAAUGGUUAAUUUGUUUGAGAUUCUGAUCUGAAUUUUACACAAAUUUUAUGCGUGCUUGUAGUUACUCAUAGUUUUAAACAUUGAUUGGUUUUAGGUUGCCCAGAAACUCUGCUAUGGGAACUGAGGAGAUUAAGGGAGAAGUGGGCGAUUGGUUUUCACAAUUGGCAUAUGAACAAUGGGUGCCAAUUCCUGUUUCUAGCACAAGACCAUCAGCUCGCUACAAGCAUGCCGCUGCCAUAGGUGAUGAUAAGUUAUAUAUAUUUGGCGGGAGUCGUAAUGGUCGGUACCUAUCUGAUAUACAGGUUUUUGAUUUCGGAAGUUUCGUUUGGUCUAGCAUUAAACCAAAAAUUGAAGUGAAUGGUCAUAGAGUUGAGGAAGCGGGAUCACAGGAUGCUCUUCCUGCCACGUCAGACCACAGCAUGGUCAAGUGGGAAAACAAGCUGCUGCUACUCAGUGGGCACUCCAAAAAUUCUUCUGAUAGCAUGAUAGUGCAUUUCAUUGAUCUACAAACACAACAAUGUGGUAUCCUCGAGACCUCAGGAAAUUCUCCUUCCGCUCGAGGGGGAUACUCUGCUACAAUUGUUGGUUCUAGACUUGUGAUAUUUGGCGGAGAAGAUCGGAGUAGGAAGCUGCUGAAUGACAUACACACCCUUAAUCUUGAAACCCUGAUUUGGGAAUCGGUGGAAUCUAUGCAGACACCUCCAGCUCCGCGAUUUGACCACACUGCAGCAGUAAAUGCAGGGCGCUACCUUUUGGUAUUUGGUGGUUGUUCUCAUUCUAUCUUCUUCAACGAUCUUCAUGUGCUUGACCUACAAACAAUGGAGUGGACCCAACCAGAGAUUCAAGGUGAUUUGGUGACUCCUAGGGCUGGUCACGCUGGUGUAACCAUUGAUGAGAACUGGUACAUCGUUGGUGGGGGAGAUAAUAAAAAUGGUUGUUUAGAGACCCUUGCAUUGAACAUGCCCAAGCUUUCCUGGUCAAUAUUGACCAGCGUAAAGGAAAGGCAUCCACUUGCCAGUGAGGGGCUAAGUGUUUGCUCAGCAUUGAUCAAUGGGGAGAAAUACUUGGCUGCUUUUGGUGGUUAUAAUGGGAAAUAUACUAAUGAGGUCUUUGUUAUGCGACUGAAACCAAGAGACACUUUACGGCCCAAAAUUUAUCAGUCACCAGCAGCUGCAGCAGCAGCCGCUUCUGUUACAGCUGCAUACGCAUGGUCCAAAUCUGAGAAGUUGGAUGCUUCCCGCCUAGAAGCAAACUGGAGAGAACAAGGUAAAAAGAAACCUUCUGAAGAAGACCUCGCUAUUGAAAUUGAUACAAUAAAGGAAGACAAAAAGAUACUGGAAGUAUCCCUAGCAGAUGUCAGAGCUGAGAAUUCUAGGCUCAGGGAAAAGAUCGAUGAAGUUAACAGUACUCAUGCUGAUUUAUCCAAGGAACUCCAUUCUGUGCAGGGUCAAUUGGUGACUGAGAGAUCGAGAUGCUUUAAACUCGAGGCACAAAUUGCAGAGCUGCAGAAGGCACUUGAAUCAUUGGAGUCAAUAGAGAAUGAAGUCCAACUACUCCGGAGACAGAAAUCUGUUCUGGAACAGGAGAUUGAGAUGAAUGAUGCCGCUCAAAAGCAGGGUUCUGGCGUCUGGCGUUGGAUAGCUGGGUGAAAACCCUACUACUGCAGGCAAGGCAUCGAGCUUUUGGUUCCUACCAUUUUUGUGAAGAUACCGUUAGCUGACAUCGCUAGAACUGGAUUCCAGAGGAUCUGAAGCUGCAAAACAUUUGAUACAUCUACUUUUCUCUCGGAGAUGCUCUGGUAUCAGGAACUACAGAUACAAUCGAAGAUCACCUCUUGUAUGAAUUCCGAAGAUCCAUAUCAUUACCUGCCAUGACGAACUGAUGUUGUUGCUGUUAUAAUCUUAAGUUAUUGGUUUGUUUGCUCUUCUCCUUGCCCAAAAUGAGGAAUAGUAUCACUUUUGCUAGUGAGAUUCAUCUUCUCUUACAAACUUAUACACACAGAGCGCUACUUUCUUUUCUUUGUUUACGUUGUUAAUUCAAUGGGAAGUCCCAAGAUAAUA